CUGACACGAUAUUUGACUGGGACAUAUUAUAUGGUUUGUGGAAAGUCAGACAUGUGCCAUCGAGCUUCUAAAUGCCAAGGGUUCCGUAAAAUGAUAUAAUGUAGCGAUCCUCUAUUUCGGUACAUGAUUAGCCUAAAAUCCCAGGAUGUACAAUGAUAUCUCUAUUUAGUAUGCAGGGACGAUCAGAAGGUGACGUAGCCAUCAGGCAUGGGGACCAAAUAUGUAAUAUGUACAUUACCAAAUUUGGAACGAACGUGGAUAAGUCGACAACAACGUGAUCAAUAUCUUCUCGCACUACAUUUAUUUAGAAUUCUGACGAAACAAGAGUCAACUCAAUUAACGGCCGCAAAAAAAUCCUAUCGCGACAUUUGCUUCGAAGAGAGGAAAUUGCCACCACUAAUGUUAUUUUACGAAGGUCAUCAGCAUGGCAGAAGCGACCUCCCUCAGAGUAACAGAACAGUCGGAAGAUAUUUCGUAUUUUUUUUAUCUCUGGCUUAUACCACUAGCAAUUGGUAUCCCAGGCAAUAUUUUUGCUGUCGUUGUCGCGAAUCGUAAACACAACAAAAACAUGUCCCCAAGCAUCUACAUGACAGCGAUGGGUGUGGCAGAUGGGUUGCUUUUACUAGAAAGAAGUACAACGAUCGUAUUCAACAAGGUUGUUCUUGAAUAUUGGCUGCUUGCAGAGCCUUUAUGGUGGUUCAGGUUGGCGAUGUACUUGCUGUACACGAGCAGCAUUUUGUCCGGGCUGUUCCUUGCGGGAAUGUCCGUUGAUCGUCUAAUUGCUGUCAGAUUCCCGAUGGACGCUCAGAGGUUAUGCACCCCUUCAAGAGCAAAGAAGCUAAUAGUUGGCAUGACAUGUUUUAUUUCGAUUGCAAAUAUCCACAUCUUUUACGUAUUUCAUUAUUUCAAGGACGAUGGGUUAGGAAUAUAUGCAGUGCAGCUAUCAGUCCCUGGGUACCCUAAGCUCGAACUUCUAAUAUCCACAUUCCAUAUGGUUGCUGGCACUAUUCUACCAUUCGUCAUAAUCUUCACGUGUAACAUACUGAUCAUCCUUACUCUUAAACAAGCUGUAAAACAUCGUAGGAAAAUGGAAAGUCAGCCAUCGAAAGGAACGGAUUCUCAACAUCUCACGCGCAUGCUCAUCUUCGUCAGUUUUGCUUACGUCAUUAUAACGUUGCCAUACAGAUUUUACUUCAUGUUGAUGAAGAUUCCCGAAAUUGGAUACGAUCUUUCUGUAGUCCAGUUGAGGAAACGGUAUGUCCUCGAAAUCUGGAGCCUUCAUGUCAUUUGGCUUUUUAAUUACAGCGUGAAUUUCUACUUGUAUUGUCUCGGUGGAGGUAAAAAGUAUCGAAAUGAUGCAAAACAGGUUUUGAAAGACUUGAUUCGUUUUUAAGUUAAGCCAAUUGUAAACGAAAUCUCUUCGGUAUUGCGAAGUAAGUAGUCUUGGAUAAUGAAGCAUAUUAGCACUAUUGAUAGUGUGAAUUUGAAUGUCUGUUAUUGAUAAGCAGGUAUAUGGGUAGGCGAAUUUAGUUGAUUCAUUGAUAAUACACCACAUUGGUCCUGAAAUACUUUCAUUCAUAUCAAAAAUUAAAAAUACCUGUCUAUGAAUAAAGUCAUUGUUCAACUAAAAGGUAUUUAAAGAUAUCAAUAGAAACGACAAUAUGAUCCAUGGAUUGAAGAAUUAUAGUAACUCUUGAAGAUACCAGUUACAUGCAUUCACAACAUUAAUUGAAGGUUUGAACUGAGUACUUAUACGGUGGAUUUCCAGGAAAACCAAGUCAUUUUGAAUUUGAUGACCACCAUAUGUGCUACAGACGCACUUAAGAUGGAUACUUGUGACAAAUAUUCAACUGCGUGCACGAUUGAUGAACUUACGAAGGAUGGUAUCAUAUCCUGUUGAUUUUUAGUGAUCCUAGGUAAUGUGAACGAGUCUUCGCGGAUUCGGUAUAUGGAUAAUUAUCAAACGACCUACUUUUCUAUGUCAAUCCCUCUAUCACCGAAUACUUAAGACUAGAUAGUACGUUGUCAUCAAUAUCGAUACUUGCAAGUAAUAAGCAAUCAUGGAUGAGGUUACAACACUGCACUCGCUGACAAAACCAGAAGACCUAUCGUACUUUUUCUACAUCCAGACCGUACCAAUAGCAAUCGGAAUCCCGGGAAAUAUAUUGGCAAUUAUUGUUGCCAACCGUAAGAACAACAAGCAGUUGUCUCCGAGUAUUUACAUAACAGCCAUGGGCGUGGCGGAUACAGUCUUGUUACUUGAACGAAUUGGAUCCAUACUGGUCAACACGGUAUUUUUCGAACUUGAUUUGAUUGCAGAACCGGCCUGGUGGUUCAGGGUAACACUGUACGUGCUCUACACGAGCAGCAUCCUGUCAGGUUUGUUCCUAGCGGGAAUGUCCGUUGAUCGUUUGAUUGCUGUCAGAUUCCCCAUGGACGCUCAGAGGUUGUGCACCACUUCAAGAGCCCGAAAACUGGUAUUUGGUCUCACGGUUUUCAUAUCGUUGGUGAAUCUACACCUUUUUUACGUCGUGCGGUAUUUCAAGGAUAAAGAGCUAGGAAUUUAUGCCGUCUUGAUAGAGGCUCCAGAGUACAAGGUCGUCGAACUUUUGGUCUCAUCAUUUCAUAUGGUUGUCGGCACUAUUCUACCUUUCCUCAUUAUUUUCAUCUGCAACAUCAUCAUCAUCGUCACUCUACGAAAUGCAGCCAAUGAUCGUCGAAUAUUUGAAAAUAAUCCGAAGAAAAACUCGGGAUCUCAACAUCUCACGCGCAUGCUCAUCUUCGUCAGUUUUGCUUACAUCAUCAUAACGUUGCCAUAUCGGUUGUACCACCUCCUGAUGAGAAUCCCAGGUGUUGGCUACGACUUAUCUGUGUUAUACUGGAGAAGACGAUAUAUUACCGAAGCCUGGACAUUCCUUGCGAUUUGGUUGUUUAAUUACAGCGUGAACUUCUAUCUAUAUUGUCUUGGAGGAGGAAGAAAAUAUCGAGACGACGCAAAACAGGUUUUGAAAGGAAAGUUUUGCAGCUAGAUCGAAGAGAUAAUAAUUGUGAAACUGGGGCUACUCAUUCUUCUGCGUUAGCGAGAAGGCAGCCGAGCUGCGUAGCCUUAAUUAAUGACCGCGACACAUUUUAAGAAAAGGUUAUUUGAAUAAUACGAUAUCUGAACAAACAUAGCCACUGAACUCUCUUUGGACCACGAAUGUCUAUUCCUCUGACACUAAAUCUUAUCAUAUGGGUACUUAAAGCCUUUUAUUCAGGUUGCUUACAUGUAAGUUAGGCCAAUCUGAUUCUGAGUAUAUUGAUCAAGUCGGUCUUUGGUGCAUUUGCAUGUAGAGCUCAUCCAGCGAACUUAGUCAUGUGCUUGAAUGAAACAAGGAUUUUUAUUUUUACGACACCGUUGACUCUAUAUUCAUAUCGUAUAUGCAUGUAUAAUAGAAUACGAUGACAUGCCUAUUUGCAGCGAGCAACUAUUUUUAUGUGUUCUUCUUAUUACGAACUCCAGUCAUGUCAGUGAUAUACAGUCAAUGUAGUAUUGAUUUAGAUCUGACGAAGCUUUGGUGACAACAGAUGAAGUGGAGUCUGUUUAUCCUGGGAAAACGCUCAAAAAGGUACAUGUCUUCACUAGCAUUAAUUGUGUUAUAUGCGUUACAAAGCCAGAGAGGAAUACAUGAUGCCAUUACGGUUAUCCUAUAAAAAUCAAUUCACCCUCCGUUGAAAUGGAACUUUGACACAUUUCUACCGAAGGUCGACUUUCGAUUAUUUGCCGACUAACUAACUAUUGACAAC